UUGCAACAGCAUGAUUUAUAAAGAAAACAAACAAAUGAACAAUUAUGUGAUGAUAUACAUUUGAAAUUACUAUUGUCUUAACCUAUUAAUUUUAUCUUGUUGAAUUUUUGACAGCGUGCCAUUUUGACAUCAAGCUAGUCGUCAAGUGUUGUAAACUUGUGUUUGUUUUUCUUCCGAUGUAAAUUGUAAUUCACAUUUUCCGAGUAUUUAAUAUAAAAAAAUGAGUGCUGAAUAUACGCGAGAACACUUAAAACUAGCAAUCGCAAAGAUAUUACAAACAUUAGGAUGGCAUUCAAUUCAAACUACCCCUUUGGAGGUUUUGGCGGAUAUUUUAUCCCAAUUUAUGUCUCAACUGACCAGGACGACAAACGAAUACGCCAACGAGUUUGGGCAAACACAACCUAAUUUGGAUCACUUGGGGCUAGCCUUUCGUGACAUGGGUAUAAAUGUAUCUGAACUUGAAGAAUAUGUAAAAUAUGUGAACUUUGCUGCACCACCUGCUGCUGUUCCUAAAUAUCCAAUUCCCAAAGAAACCAAUUUGAACUUUUUGAAGCCUGGAAGCAAAGAAGUUGUCACGAGACCAGUACACAUUCAUGAACAUUUACCACCUAUGUAUCCACUGCUGGAAGGUGCGGAUAAUGACUUAGACCUUUCUGAAAUGAAGAAAGAAAUUGAUAAUGUAUCUGAUACUGGUCAAGUAUUUAAGAAACCUGCAGAUGUUUCACCUACAGAAUUUAAACGAUCAAGGCGUGAAGAUGAAGGAAGCAGCCGACCAACACGAGAGAUCAGCAGUGUAAUGAUGACGACGUCCGGUUUCUUGUCUCCAGCCAGGGAGGGAAAAUUACCUGAAGCCAAAACACCUGUACAAGCGUUAAUGGAACCCGUUUUAGCAAAUAAUCCACCUACUACCCAACCGCCCGAAAUAAUUAACAAUGAUCCCCCCAAAAAAAUACCCAAGAUACCAAACAGAAAGAUUGAAAAGAAGAAGGACAAAAUAGGCAAGGAGUUAUUUAAACCUCUCCUUUUUGACGAUAAAACGCCAGUUAGAAAGUCUCCAACUAAUAUGAAAGAUGUUGCUAAAUUUAAGCAGAAAAAUAAUAAUCAAAGUCAACAAAUGUCUCAAUCAUCACCACUUGUGGACAUGCAGCGCGGCGGGACACCCAUAAACUCAAAAGCACACAAAAUUAAUAAGACCCUGGCUGAUGCUAGACAAAAAACUGAAAAAUUGAACACAACAAUAACUCCAAUCCCGAUGAAACCCGAGACAAUUUCAUCGUCACUACCACCUCAAACUGUUAUUGACAAAAUAAACACAGAACCAGACAAGAAGAAAGUGAACAUAUUUAAGAAGAUAUCCGUUAAAAACGAGAAACAUGAUUUGAAACACAUAAAGAAAGAGGAAGCAGCAACAGCAAGGUCUAGAGGUGGAUCACCGAAUUUGAUCAUCGACGACGACGACGAAAGAGAUGAUAUUGCAAGACACAUUCCCCAUCAUUUGAACAUUCCCAGUGAUGUGACCAUUGAACCCAUUAAUCCCCAAGUAGUCCCAAAGAGUAGUCCGGAGAGGAUAGAUUACUUUGAUAGUUCACCUCCAGGCACUCCUUCCACACCAAAAACCCCUGAGAUGAUAUCAUCUCACAGUCCACCCCUCCCAUUGACCAAAGAAAAACGAAAGAAAAAGGAAGGCAAACGAGUCAAAAAGGUACAGAAACAAAGUCCCAUCACCAUUCCACCGCCACUGGAUUAUUCGUCAUAUAUGGAGAUGGACAGGCCCAAGACGCCUGAAGCUGACAUUAUUAUGAAGCAAGACCCUCCCAUACAUCAUCCUAAUCUAUUACUACCACCACCGUUCUUAAUGGGACUGGGAGGUAUUCAUCCCUUAUGGCCUGGACUUAUUCCGUCACAUCCGAUUUUCCCUUUCCCAUCAUCAAUGCCCAAUUUCGGAAAGAAUCCGUUCCAUAUUCCGCCAAUGAUGCACCCGAAUAUGCCGCCAGUGGUAGGACCUCAAGUUUCAUCUGCUGCAAAUCAUCCGCCGUCAAAGGGAGGAAUACAGGAAGAGGAAUCUCCACCCGCGAAGGUCAGCAAGAUCGCAACGCCGAGCAUUCCCGUCGCCUCAUCAUCGCCCGCCUCGUCGUCGCCGCCGCCGCCUGAAAUACCGGAUCCGGUCGUCACCAAUCAUUCGAAUCCCGACCCAAAACCGGAGAAGAAGAGCAAGGAACACAAGAAGGAGAAGAAGGAUAAGAUUAAGAAGAAAAAUAAAAAGGACAAGAUAAAGGAUAAGGCGGAGAAAAAGAAGCUCAAGGAGGAGAAGAAACUGAAGGAGAAGACCAAAAAGGAGAAGAAGGACAAGAAAAAAGAUAAGGAGAUUAGAGAUGGUGAGAGUCCUGUUCCAAAGCUUUUCCUUAAACUGGGAUCACCACCACCACCACCACGGGCCGAUACUCCGGAGACAUCAACUAGAAAAUUAAAUAUCAAACCCAUAGUGAAAAAGAAAGAAGAAGAACCUGCGGCUGGGGCGGCGUCCUCUGAUGAAAGACAUCGGGAAACAUCACCUGGACUUGUUAAGAUCUCGGCUCUGGUCACUGGACCUCCGAAGCCCAAAACAACUUCCAGUCCUGCUCAGGCUGCUCAUUCCGCUUACAAUGACAAUAAUUAUCCUAGUACCUCAACAGACAUACUAAAUGUAGAGAAGAAAAAAUUGUUUAAACCUAUACCUAAAAGAACUACUAAAGAACCGAAAAGAAGAAGUUCUCCUGAGAUAUUACCACCACCUACUCAAAGUCAUAGUCAUCAACAACCUACCCCAUCGUCAUAUAUUGACGAAGAGGGUAACCAAGUUUGGAUUUGUCCAGCUUGUAAUCUACAAGAUGAUGGUAGUCCCAUGAUUGGUUGUGAUGGAUGUGAUGCUUGGUAUCAUUGGGUGUGCGUACGAAUUCAAGUUCCCCCAGAUGAAAACGAGAAUUGGUACUGUAAGCAUUGUUUGCCAAAGAAUACUGGAGAUUCUCAGACUGAUAAGAAAAACAAGAAGCGUAAGAAGAAAGAGAAGAAAGAACAUUAAAUUAAUUAGUUAUUUAUUUAUUAUUGCUGUUAGUAACAGUUGUUUCUUUUUUCUAUGAAUAAAUGGUAUAACAAUACAUAUAUGAUUAAACAAUGUAAUGUAGUUAUACUCAUUACAUAUUUUUUGUAAAUAUUAUACAUAAUAAACUGUAAACAUUUUAUCUUAAGUUAUAACAAUUUGAAGUUUAAAUAUUUUCUUAAUUUGUUGAUGCUAUAUUUUUGAUGAUACUUCAUCCAUUCUGGUAAUUGGAUAAGUUUAUAGAGAGACUAUUGUUUAUAUAAUUUUUUACAAUUUGUAACGAUCAUUUCGAUUCUGAAUAUAGUUGUUGUUGUUGAAAUAUUACAUCAAUUCAUCAUUUGUUCUUUAAAAUAUAUACAUUAAAGGCA